CGAGUCUCCAGGCCCCGCCCCCGUUCCCGGCGGCCCCGCCUCCCGGCCUGGCGCGGGGCUCGCGUCUCUGCCAAGGCCGCAGCCGCCGGCCCGGAUGAGCUAAGAAAUGAUGUGAGGAUGCCAUCCAGCAAGGUUCAUCAAUCCUUAGGGCCCUCCAAGAUGCCUGAAGGAUUCCAGAGCAAAGUUGUGGCCCCUCGUAAUCCUAAACUUGUCAGAGAGGAAGAAAAGGCUGUUACUCUGACUCCAUCUGCCUUCCUAAAGGAGAUGUCUCUUACUACGGAGCAGAAGCUGGCUAGUACUCAUGAGAUGCGGCCACCUCGGAUUAUUGAGCUUUUAGACAUGAGUGAAACCUCCCAUCAAAAGUUCUCUUCAGUUGACCUGGAGCAGAGCUUGUUUCAGCCCUUCCCAUCAGAGGUGGUAUUUCAGAACUAUGCCCCUUGUGAGAUCUAUGAAGUCCCGCUGAUUCUGAGGAACAAUGACAAGAUUCCCCGGUUGGUGAAAGUCAUCCUGGAGAGUUCUCCUUACUUCAGAGUUAUCAGUCCCAAUGAUGUGGGUCACAAAGUAGCACCGGGCAUGGCGUCUACCUUCCGCAUCCUCUUCACUCCUGAGGAGAACAAGGAUUACAUCCACCAGGUAACCUGCAUCACGGAAAGAGAAAAGUUUAUUGUGCCUAUCCGAGCUAUAGGGGCUCGGGCAAUACUGGACUUCCCUGACCAGCUGAACUUCUCCACCUGCCCCGUCAAGUACAGCACUCAGAAAACUCUGCUGGUUCGCAACAUUGGCAAUAGAGAGGCCCGCUACAGAACCAGCCUUCAGAGCCCUUUCUCUGUAGAGCCCUGCAUUGGGACACUGGGUGUAGGGGAGACCAUGCAGCUAACGGUAGAGUUCCAGCCGCUGGAGAUAGGUGAUCACUCCAAGGACCUGAUUGUUCAUUAUGACACCGGUGAGGAUAUCCACAUAAGUUUGUAUGGAGCGGCCACAGACCUCAAUGUCAGACUGGACAAGAACUCCUUGAUGAUUGAGAAGACAUACGUUACUUUAGCAAACCAAAGAUCAGUGCUUAUACACAACCGAAGCGACAUCAUUGCACACUUCCAGUGGAAGGUCUUUGUUACUCAAGAAGAGGAGGAACGACAGAAACUAAGGCUCUGUUACCAACGGCAGACCCAGGAAGAGGAUGGGACUGAUCCAUUUCUGGAGGAAUGCAAUGCAGACCCUAUGUUCCGAGAGCGCCUUUCCAUUCUCUCCCGCUCCUUCCAGAACCACAGGGCAAUGAUGCAAGGAGACUCCAUGUUCUCCUCUGAUAAUAUCUUUGCUAUUGAGCCAGUGGAAGGAGAUGUUUGGCCAAAUUCCACAGCUGAAAUUAAUGUGAUCUUUAAGCCUCGAGAAGCCAAAGUCUAUCACAGAACCAUCUACUGUGACAUCUCAGGCCGUGAGACCCGGCUCCCCCUGCGCAUCAAAGGGGAGGGGAUGGGUCCCAAGCUGCUCUUCAGCUUCGACCAGCUAGAUAUUGGAAAGGUCUUUGUUGGGUCAACACACAGUUAUGAGGCAAUCCUGUGUAACAAAGGAGCCAUUGAUGCCCUCUUUAACUUGAUUCCUCCAUCUACUGCACUGGGCGCCUGUUUUACCCUUGACCCCAAAGAAGGCAUCAUUCUGCCAGGUGGACUUCAAGCCAUCCAGAUCUCCUUCAGUUCCACCAUCCUGGGGGAGUUCACAGAGGAGUUUAAAUUCAGUGUGAACGGAGCCCCCGAGCCUGUGAACUUAACUAUUAGGGGCUGUGUCAUCGGACCAACGUUUCAUUUCAACGUACCAUCCCUAAAUUUUGGCGAUGUCUCCUUUGGGUUUCCUCGGUCCUUAUCAUGUUGCCUCAGUAACACGUCUUUGAUCCCCAUGACAUUCAACCUUCGUGUCCCUGGGGAUGGCCCUGGGGAUCCAAGUGUUACUAGUUCUGUUCAGACCUUGGACAUCACAAGAACAUCCUGGAGAAAGGGAGCCCAGGGAAGUGUCAAGCCAAAAGAAUUUACCAUAACACCCAGUAGUGGUACCAUUCGCUCUCAUGAGCUCCUGGAUAUCCAGGUGACCUUAUGUUCCAACACUGUGAAGAAAUAUGAAAUGGCAUUGGUGGUGGAUGUGGAUGGUAUCGGAGAGGAAGUGCUGGCACUCCUAAUCACAGCGAGAUGUGUUGUUCCUCCACUGCGUGUGGCUAACCCUGUGGUGAAGUUUGGACGCUGUUUCCUGAAGUUCCCUUACCAGCAGAUGGUGAUGCUUGUGAACGACGCUGAGCUUCCAGGGUGCUACGGGGUUCUCCCUCAGGAGUAUGAGGAGAAGCCCUCUGUGCUAUACUCCAGCCCCAGGCCUUGUGGCAUUAUUCAACCUCACAGCACUGUGGAGAUCCCCUUAGCACUGGAAACCCAAGUGACUGGACAGCAGGACACUGUGGCUUCCAUAGCCAUGUUUGGGAGUGAAGACCUCCGCCUGAAGAUUCAUUUAGUGAGCGUUGGUGAAGGCCCAGUUGUCUACGUGGAUCCUGCUCAGAUAGAUUUCGGCAAUAUCCAGGUUCUAAAGGAUGCUUCCUGUACACUCCACCUCUCCAAUCAGACCGUUAUUCCUGCACCAUUUUGGGCACAGAUGGCUCGCAGUCACUCGUUGUGGAGGAUUGAGCCCAGUGAAGGUGUAGUUCCCCCAGAGGCUGAGGUAUCGCUGACUCUGAUUGCUAACUUGGAUGACACGGUGAAAUUCCAAGACAAGAUGAACUUGUUCAUACAAAACAGCAAUACCUAUGUGAUCCCAGUCCAGGCUGUUGGCAUUGGUACCACGAUUGUCACGGACAAACCCUUUGCUCCAGCACUCAACUUGGGACCCCAUUUCAGUCUGGAUCCCUGCUGCUAUCGCUUCAAGAUAACCAAUCGUGGACGACGAACCCAUCAGCUCUACUGGAUGACAGAAGGUUUCCCUCCAUUUCGCCAGCGUAACCAUUUCCCUGCUAUCGGUAAUGCCAAGGGCAAGAACUCCCCCCAGAGACCAGAGACCCCCUCUCCGGUGUUUAAGCUUCGACCAUUAAGGAUGGAGCUGAUCCCAGGCAAGACCAUGGAUGUGAUGCUGGAAGGCUCCUCUGACACCCCUAAGGUGGUGAAGGAACGAUUGAUUUGCCAUGCCAUUAUAGGGAAGCAGUCUGGGAAGGAACGGAUAAUGCAAGUGGACGUCACAUGUGAAUUCAUCGCACCCAUUCUGCACCUCUCCUCCAAAGAGAUCACUUUCCGAGUGGAGAAGCACCCCAGUGAUGUCCUGACUUCGCAGUAUGAACCUCUGAUCUUAAAGAACGUCUCCUCCCUGCCACUCAGCGUUCUCCUGUCCCUACAAGCCCCCUUCUUCCUCUGUGAUACAGACCAGCAAACGCUGCCUGCAGAGGCUCAGCCCAGGACACUAGAGACCGGAGAGGAGCAGCAUCUCUCCAUCAGGUUUGACCCUUCCUACAGAAAGGAUUUGAACACCCGGGUUGCAGAGGAGGUCCUGACUAUCUGGUAUCUGGAACACCCUCAUGAGGACCAGGUCACCCUUCGGGGUGAAGUGCACUUCCCAAACCUCCACUUCCAGACUAUGGAUUUGGAUUUCGGCUGCAUCUUGAACGACACCGAGGUUGUACGUUACAUCAAAAUGACCAACUGCAGCCCGCUUCUCGUCAAGUACCACUGGUCCUUCCUGAUGGACAACUAUGAGAACCAGAUAAGGUUCAGCCCUGGAGGACGUAAGUCUAUCAUUGAACCCGAACCAACAAAUGAGCAGAAAACUCAGCAGGAACCCCAGGCAGCCUCAGAACAAACUGACAGCAACAUCUCUGUGAGAAACUCCAGAGAGAUGGAUGUGGAGAAACAUGCCAAUGGGACGAGUGAAGAGCAGACCCAACGCAAAGAGCCGCUGGACAGAAAUGAUUCCUCAGAAAUAAAGAUGCUAAUGGUGGGUGCCGAUGGGGUGGAAGGCAUUUCUCUGACUCAGAGCCCGGCGGAGCUCAAGGAAUCACUGUGGUUUGUGGAGUCGGAAGACCUUCUUGCAACAGGGGUGGAAGAAGUGUUUGACAUCUUGCCCCUCUAUGGAAUGCUGCAACCCAGCGAGAGUCAGCAGGUCUCGUUCACCUUUUAUGGCCACGCCGACAUCACUGCCCGGGCCAAGGCGCUGUGCAAAGUCGAGGGAGGCCCUACCUAUGAGAUCAUGCUGAGCGGAGAGGCUUCACUCAUCAGCUACGCCUUUGACAUAAAGGAGAUUGACUAUGGGCUGCAGCUAUUUGACCAAGUCAUUGAAGCUGAAAUCACGCUGUGCAAUAGCGGGAAGGUUGGAUUUGGGUACAUGGUACUGAACACGAGCCAGGCCUCCGCCGACAACCCUCCGCCAGGAGUGCCACUGAUCCUGCCUGCCACGGGCUACAUUGAAUCCAAAAAAGAACAAGUGCUGAAGGUCUAUUACCUGCCUGGCGUGCCUGAGAUCUUCCAACAGACCUUCCAGAUACAGGUGGCCCACCUGGAGCCAGAGAGCAUCACCUUGAAAGGAGAGGGAACCUUCCCCAGGAUCUGCCUGGAUCUGCCCAGAAACAUUAAAGGAAAUGAAAGGUAUGAGAAUAUCCUCAAGGAGGCAAAACAAAGAAUAGAAGGAGAGACUCAGAGAGAUGAGGCACUUGGCCACCCAGAUGCAAUGGCUGCAGAGCCAUCCAUGGACCAGUCUGGCACCAUGUUUGACACUUGGCUGCAGAUGGAAGUGGAGCGGCUGCUCAUACAAGAACAUGCCCUGGAGCAGCAGAAAGCUAUUAGCUCUGAUCCCACGGAGGACUCCACCCUCAGCCAGCGUGCUCGCCGAAAGCUUAUCAAAGCUCAGCUGCCUGAAUACAUCUUGGACUUUGGCUACAUCAUUCUUGGUAACAUCCGAACUCACAUUGUCAAAAUCACCAACACCAGCCAGUUCCCUGUAUCCUUCCAUGCAGACAGACGGGCCCUGCAUGAUACAGGUUUCAGCGUAGAACUGGACCGCGUGAAGAACCUGCCCUACUGUGAGACAGAAACGUUUGAAGUACGGUUUGAUCCCCGCAGUGCCAACUUGCCCUUGGGAGAUGUGGAAGUGCUCCUGCCCAUCAAGGUUGUGGCUGGCCCGACGUUUAACAUCUGCCUUCGUGCCAAGGUGACCAUGCCUUCGCUCUGCAUCUCCAGCAACAAGCUGGACUUCUCCUCCGUCCAGUGUGGGCAGUGCCAGGUGGAGACCAUCCAGCUCCACAAUCAGCUGCAGGUCGCCUGCGAAUGGUUCAUCACCAGCAAUGAGCGCAUCAAAAAGGUGGAUAAACACUUGCCAGCCAGCCUGCGGCGGAGGCUGCGUCAGGAAUUCAAAUCAAAGCCCCACAUCUUUGAGAUGAUCCCCUCGUCUGGAAUGCUGGCUCCAGGGGAGCGACUCAAUGUGCAGGUCAAGUUUGCGCCAGUGGAAGAGAGGUUCUACAGCAACCAUCUAACGGUGCACAUCUCCCAGAGCAGUGAGCGGCUGCUGUUGCUUGUCUCUGGAUACGGUCUGGAGCCACGGCUGGAGUUCACGCCAUCAGUGCUGGAGCUGGGGCCUCUGCUGCCGUAUGGUGUGGGGGAUGAGGCAGAGGUGGUAGUGAAGAACCCAUGCAAGUUCCCCAUUGAGUUCUACUCCUUGGAGUUUGACCAGCAGUAUCUGACUGAGGAGAGGAUUUUGCGGAUGCUGAAGGGCUACGAUUCCCAUAACACCCUGCUGCUGCCCCCUCGCAUCCCAGGAGAGAAGCUGCCUCCGGAGGUGCUGGAGUAUUACAAAGACCAGAAGAGGAUUCCAGAUGAGCAAGCUAAGGCCAAAAUGAUGGAGGCAAUAGGCCAAGAGAAUGAUGACGAAGAGAACCCAUCUCUCUCCGAGCGCAGAAUGAAGCAAAACCCUUCUGGGACCACGCGCACUGCCUCCACCACUAUCACCAUCUUUCCCUCCAUUUCCAUGUUUGAGGAAAGCCGUUCUCACAAGGUGGAGUCUAAAUUAGAGCAGGAGGAAGAGGAGGAGGAGGAGGAGGAAGGUGCUGAAAAAGGACAGGGGCUAGAGUAUCAGCGAAGCAUUGAUGGCAGCUGCAAAGAGGCUGUUGGAGAACUAGACAACAACCCAAUUUCCAGAGCCAUCGCACGCCACCUUGGCAUCGAUAUCUCUCCAGAAGGCCGUGCAGCCAAAAACCGCAGAGGCAUUGUCAUCAUAAUCCAUGGUGCUCCCCUUACAGGAAAGACAACUGCAGCUGUCACCUUGGCCAAACACUACAGUGCUGCCUGCCUAUCCAUCGACGCUGUGGUGCUGGAAGCCCUCUCCGACAGGAGCAGUUCCGCGGGGCUUCGCGCACGGGAGCUGUGCAUCAGGGCCGCCAUUGAGCAGGCACAUCGGGAGUCAGAGGAAGCUGCAGGUCAGUCUUCUGAGGGCUCUGCAGGGCAGACAGCUCUGAGCACAAGACUGAGCGUUGAGGCUUUGGCCAAGCAUACCACGGAGGGUAGCCAGCCGAGCUCCGAGACCAAAACCGGGCCACAGUCCAUCACCUCCAAGGGCUACAGGGGCAGCACAGGAACUGGCAGGGGGAAGUCAGAAGGCCAUGCCUCGCAGGCACAGAAGCAGCAGCACCAAUCGGAUCAAACAGGAUCACAGGUUCCUCCCAGCCCUAUUCCCAGUGCUCCUGUCCAGCGACGGCUCAGUGUCAGUGCCAGCAUGGCAGGAGAAUCAGGCCUGAUGAGCUGCAUGCUUCCCGAGGAGCUACUGGUGGAGAUCCUUUCCGAGAGAAUGCAGCUGAGUGACUGCUAUCAGGGAGUGGUGUUUGAUGGACUAGAAACAAUCUUUGCCCGCAAUAUGCCUUCUGCUCUCCUUUGCCUACUCAAAGCAAUCAACAACCGGCGUUACAUCUACAUGGUGAACCUGUUCCAGGAUUAUGCUGCCAUGAAGGCUAGGGAGAAGGCCAAGAAAGAGCAGGAAGAACAGGAACAGAAAGACGCCAUUGCGAGGGAAAAGGCUCGUCUCCAGGAGAUGGAUGAGGAAGAGUACGACGCUCUCACUGAGGAGCAGAAAAUUCAGUUUGAUAAUGAACUGCUCCAAGCGCUACGGGAGCGGAAAAAGAGGGAGCUGGAGAAGUUGGCCCGAGAGCUCGAGGAAAAGAGGCACCAGCAGGAAUUGGAGCGCUUGCGAGAGGAAGAAGAGAUGAGGAAGAAGACCAAGCGGUGGAAGAGAGAGUCUGGAAAAGACAAAGAUGAGGCCUUGGGAAAGAAAAGCCAGCUGGGAGGCAAACAGGGUGCCAGUAUCGCCACUGUCAAUAGGUCAGACCUCAAGCUGAACGAAGGGGUGGAGAGGAAAGUGUCUGUGAAAGAGCGUCCAGAUUCUGUGGCAUGUGACAAGGAGGACAAGAAAAAGCGGAGCAAACUCAUUCUGCCAGACGUCCUGCCACUAGGGCUGAUGCCACCCCCGAUCCCGGAGCAGGAGGAAACAGAAAAGGAGGUGGUAAGUGACAGCGAGAAGAACUUGACACAGAGGUUUAAAGUCUAUGAGGCCGCACAGAGGGAAAUUGUCCAGAUUUUGUCACUCUGGGACCGGGUGCAGGGUGUUCAGCUGCCACCCCCAGGCCUUGAGGAGACCCAGCAUGAAGCAGAAGAUCAGCGUCAGGCUCCAUCUGGCCGCAAGGGCCGGAAGGACAGGGAAAGGGAGCGUCAGGAAAGACUGGAGAAGGAGAGAGCCGAGAGAGAGCGGCUGGAAAAGGAGAGAGCUGAGAAGGAGCGCCUGGAAAAGUUAAAGGCACUGGCGGACUCUAAGGUGUCUGGGCUGGAGGGAGAAGGGUCAGAAGGAGCAGACAAAGACCAGGAUGGAAAGAAAGACGUGGGGGUGCCAUGCUUGGACUUCCAUGUACUGAACUCAGAGGACACCAGUGGGAAGAGGAUCUUGGAGAGUGGCAAGCUGCCAGAAGUAGAGCAGAUCCUGGACGGCUUGGGGCUCGGUCCCUCAGGGCCACCCAUCCCUCCGACCGCCUUUUUCUCCGUGAUUCCCUACCCAGAGAAGCGGAUAGCUCAGGUGGCAGGAGAAGCCCUCAAGCACUUCACCUUCGUUGUGCCCGAAGAUACGAAUAUGGAUGAGGAAAAGAAGGAUGCAGAGGGCAGUGCAGAUGCUUCUGUCGCUGUCCCUGUGGUGAAGGAAGAACAGAUCACCCCAACCAGAGGCAGACUGAAGAAGGACAAAGCAGAGCCCAGCCGUGAGGCUCAGAAGGAUAAGCGCAGCACAGGCCGCAAGAAGGGUCUUCAGGGCCCAGGCCCCGGAGCACUGGCACCACUGUCAGAGCUGGAUCAAAGCAACUUGAUUGGGGACCAAUCCCAAGAAAAGAUCCUCAGGCUGAGCAGCUUCCGUUGGACGGUGCCUGCUAACGGAGAGGUUGUCCUGAAGAUACACUUCUCCUCCACCGUGGCAGGGCAGUUUGAUCAGACCCUGAACUUCGAGAUCCUGGGCACGCGCCGGCAGUACCAGCUUUACUGCAGAGGCACCUGCACUUACCCGACCAUCAGCCAGGACCCCAGGGUGGUAUUUCCCCACCGGAGGAAGAGUGCGAAGCCUGACGACAUCAUCUUCAAACAGUACGUGAUGAGCUCAGGGGUGUUCCACUUCGGCCCCUUGCUCUGUGGAAAGUCGAGAGACAGAUACAAGGCCCUCCGAUACCCCAACAACUCCGAGAAGAUAACCAUCCUCAACGCAUCCCCUUUGGAAGCGGAAGUGUUUUUCUGCUUCCAGCAUGACAUCAAGGCAAAUACAUACCUCUUGGAUCCUCCCACCAUGAUGCUGAAACCCAAUGAGAAGCAGGAGCUGAGCAUAUGGGCGUACCCUACUGCACCUGGCAUAUUUGAUGACAGCAUCGUCUGCUGCAUUAAAGAGAAUCCAGAGCCAGUGCUCUUCAGAAUCUGCUGCCAAGGGGUGCGUCCCGAACUGGAGCUCGACCGCAAGCAGUUGCAUUUUGAGAAGCUGCUGCUGCACAGAAAGGACACCAAGACGCUUUUCUUGAGAAACACCUCCCCGAUGCCUGUAGCCUGGCGGCUCAGCGGCCUGGAGAACUUGGGGGAUGAUUUCUCUGUCUCACAAGACCAGGGCAUCAUCGGUCCCCGCUCAGAGUACUGCCUGCAGCUGCAUUUUAAGGCUACAAAACCUCUCAACAUUAAGAAGGUCAUCCGACUGGAGGUUUCAGACAUGGAAAACAUCCUGGGGAUUGUUCAGUACGAAAACAUCCAGAUCCUUGCCGAGUCCUAUGACGUUGCUCUGGACAUCAGCUUCCCCAGAGGUACAGAUGGUGGUUUGGAUUUUGGGGUCAUUAGAGUAUUGGAUGAAGCUAGGCAAAUGGUGUCCCUGAAGAACAAAGGAAAAUAUGAAAUUGGAUACAGGUAA